UCCAAAGUUCAAAACAAACCGGACCGUUCCAAACCGAGUCAGGACUAUGUGAGGAAGCGAAAGACCAUGUCUGUGAAAGUGUUUUCGUGCAGACUUUGGACAAACUGUUUCAAUGUUUGUAAGAGGCCGGGCCGUGCACGCGCUGCAGCCGCGAGGGUGGGCCAGGGGUGCACGAGGGGCUACUACAACAACAGCGGGAGGCCCGGGUUCACCGGGCCGGGAGGAGGGGCUUCUGUCCGGGUGGUGGACCUGCGCUCUGACACGGUGACCAAACCCGGACCGACCAUGCGCCGGGCCAUGGCGGAGGCCGAGGUGGGGGACGACGUGAUGGGAGAAGACCCGACUGUGAACGAGUUACAGAAAAUUGCGUCAGGUAUGUUUGGGAUGGAGUCUGCGCUGUUCGUCCCGUCUGGAACCAUGAGUAAUCUGAUUGCAGUGAUGGUGCACUGCAGGGAGCGAGGAGAUGAGAUGAUAGUGGGAGAUCUGUCACAUUUACACAUCUACGAACAAGGAGGCAGUGCACAGCUGGCCGGUGUCCACGCCACCACAGUGACCACCCUCCCCAACGGAACAUUUGAUCUGGAUCAGCUGGAGUCCAAGAUCCGCCACGGUUACCCCGACCCUCAUUACCCCCGUUCACGCCUCAUAUGUGUGGAGAACACGCAGAACAUCCAGGGAGGGCGUGUGCUGCCUCUGUCCUUCCUGCAGGAGGUACGAGCCUUAGCAGACAGAUAUGGUCUGUGUGUUCACAUGGACGGAGCCAGAGUGAUGAACGCUGCGGUGGCUCUGGGGGUGUCUGUGUCCACCAUACUGCAGUACACACAUACUGUCAGCGUGUGCCUGUCCAAGGGUCUGGGGGCCCCUGUGGGGACCAUGCUGGGUGGACCCAGUGACUUCAUAUCCCGGGCAGUACGAUGUCGUAAAGCUCUUGGCGGUGGAAUGCGUCAGGCUGGAAUACUGGCAGCAGCUGGGAAAGUGGCUCUGGAGACGAUGGUGGGCAGACUGGAGGAAGACCACCACAAUGCAAGAACCUUUGCUCAAGCCUUACUGGACUGUGACUCCCCUCUGUUCGCCGUGGAUAUGUCGGCCGUGGAGACGAACAUCCUUCGUUUCAAACUUCAGGAACCAGGUCCGAGUCCAUCGGAGUUUUGUGCUCGCAUGGCCCAGGUGGGGGAAGGGGAGGAGGAGGCGCUGGGACAGGGUGUACCCGUCCUCAUGUACCCUCACUUUGGGAACUCUGUCAGGGCUGUGUGGCACCUUGGGAUAUCAGCUGACGAUACUCGACUGGCCGUCCAGAAGAUGCAGUUUGUGGCUUCUGAGUUCAUGAAGGAAACAGUCCGAGCCUGCUGAGUCUGAGUGAACCCCCCUUUCAAACAUGUGGUCCAAUAAUUAGGACUAAUUUUAAUUUAAAAAAGACUGAUUAAUUCAAAUUGUAGAAGUUCCACUACAUAUCUUGUAUAUUAAUUUUCUAAAUUUUGCUCAUUAAAGUUUGCACACUUUGA